AAUGGAAAAGAAGUAAAUAUUGGUUUAGGGAAUAUGAGAAUUUUCCAGUUGUUUUAAAAUGUUUACAUAAUUCUCAAGAUAUUACGGCCGAUUUUUUAAGAGAAAUUGGAACCCAUAAAAUGAUUUUAAAAUAUAUAGGUUAUGUAACACACUGUUUUGGCAUUACUAAAGAUCCAGAAUCUAGAGAUUUUAUGAUAGUAAUGGGAUAUGUAAUAAAUGGUAGUUUAAGACAACAUUUAAAUAAUAGUUUUAAUUCAACAAAAUGGGAUGAAAAGUUAAAAAUUUUACAAGAUAUUGCAAAGGGCCUCGCUUAUAUUCAUGAAAAUGGGUUAAUUCAUCGUGAUUUUCAUUGUGGUAAUAUAUUAAAAGAAGAGAAUUAUGCUUUAAUUACUGAUUUAGGAUUAUGUCGACCAGCGAAUGUAAAACCAUCCCAAAAUGAACGUAAAGAACUAUAUGGGGUAUUACCCUAUGUAGCACCAGAAGUCUUAAGAGGAAAAGAAUAUACUCAAGAAAGUGAUAUAUAUGGAUAUGGAAUUAUUGCAUAUGAAGUCUGUACAGGGCUUCCUCCUUAUCAUGAUAUUGUUUAUGAUAAAUUCUUAGCUAUUAGCAUUUGUCAAGGACUUAGGCCAAAAUCAAAUUAUAAAAUUCCUCAAUUAAUUCUAAACAUAAUUAAACAAUGUUGGGAUGCUGAUCCUUUAAAACGACCUAAAGCAGAAGAAUUAAAAAGUUUAUUACGUGAUUUAUAUUAUUCAAGAGAAAAUCCUGGAAAUCAUGAAAUCAAAAAGCAAAUUAAAGAAGCAGAUAAAAUUAAUGAGAAGUUAACAUCAUCAUCAUUAUUAUACAAUGGACCUACUCUUUCAUAUACUACAAAUCCCCAAGCAGUUUACACGAGUAGACUUUUAAAUUUUAAAAAUCUUCCAGAACCAAAAAAUGCUACUGAUAACAAGGUUGAUGAUAAUUCAUUUGGAGAAUAUUCAGGUAAUUAAUUUCCUAAUUUACUUUACAAAAGCGUUCUUUAAAUAUUUUAUUUGAUGUAUAUAAUUAUUUUUUUUAUAUUAUAGAAUCAAUAGAAGCAAUAGAUUUUACUAAAUUAGACCUAGGUACUUAUAUAC